UAGCUAUAUUUUCACAACACCUUCUUCAUUAACCAAAAGCUAAGCGCUACCAAAUUCAGCCAAUGGCAAGCAAAACCAAGACUUCAACUAUUGCACCGCCUUCUUACGUUGAUUUUGAACCUUAUUGUGAAUGGAAGAAAGAGGAAGGAGUUGAAACUUUAGUCUUCCAUCUUCCUGAUUUCAAGAAAGAUCAACUAAGAGUUCAAGUCAAUAACCUUGGAGUUCUGAAAGUAAGCGGAGAGAGGCCAACAACUGCAGAUGGAACAAAAAGAAACCGCUUCCUUAAGGAAACCAAGAUACCACAAGGCUGCGACAUAAAUGACAUUCGAGCAAAGUUCAGUGGCGGACACCUUCAUGUUGCUAUGCCCAAGAAAGCCUCUCCCCUAAUUGAGAAGCAGCAGAUGAAGCCUGAAACAACAUCAUCAGGUGGCCCAAAACCAGAGGCUACUCAAAAGCCGAAAGCAGAAGUCCUGGUCCCUAAUGCUGAAAAACUAAAGGCUCUAAGUUCUGAAAAUGGUAAAGCAGGAACAAGCACUAGUUAUGAUCAGAUGAAGGAUGAAAACAUAUUUGGGCUUGGAAACGCCCUAGGAAGAUUGCAAGUGCAGAAGAAGGUGAAUGUGAGUUUAGGAGUUGCUGUUGCAGCGGUGGUGGCAAUCGGAGCUUAUGUAGCUUAUAAAUAUGGAUCUAGCUCUUCUCCUCCUCCAAGUAUUGAGGACUAAUGCCAAAGUUAGCCUCAUUUUUAACAAGUUUUCAACUCAAUGUGUUUGUGUGUCGACUUCAAGAAAUGGUAUCCUUGCUCAAUCAAUUGUAUAAAUAUUGUAAUGUACAACAAAAAGGCUUCAAGGAAUGAAUAAUAUUAUAUUUAUCAAUG